UUCUUUUCAACCUUUAUCUGUUUUCAGAUCGACAAUAACAGGCAGAUAUGGCUCUGGAUCUACUGAUGUUAGUCUAUGGUAUUGUUCUAUUCACCGACUGUUCUACUAAACCUGUACCAGACGGUCGAGAUGCCCUAAAGAAAGAGUCCGGUAUAGUGGGCGACCCCACAUCGACUAUCCAGUCAUACCAUGUCGGGUACGAAAACAGCACAACAAUCCAUUGUACACUUGAGGAGAUUUGUCACUGCCAUGAGUCAAACGACAGUCUAGUGGCGGAUUGUUCACAUUUGAAUAUUGAAUACCUUCCACAUUUUCACCCAAACGUCACGGCCAUCCAUAUCCAGGGUAAUAGAAUCAGGAACUUUUCCGGAGAAGGGGUUCCGAAAACAGUUACAUAUCUGGACCUUUCAAGAAACGAGAUGGACACGUUUAUCGGAUUUCCUUUUAGGGAUUUGAAGCAAUUAAAAUAUUUAGAUUUAAGUUAUAAUACAUUGCAGUACACUAACGAUAUUUAUUCUGAAAAUAUAUUUCUGGGAUUAAGUGAUUUGAGAUAUUUGAACUUAAAACAUAACAACAUCGAUUUUUUUACACUACCGAAUAUACAUUUUCCCGUCGGUAUUUCGAAGCUAAAUAUGCUUGAAACACUGCGUUUAGAUGGGGUAGAUUUAUUGGGAUUUGAGGAACAGUUUUUAAAGUUAACUAAAUUGAGAAUACUUGAUUUGUCUGGAACUAAUGGAGUUUGUCAUUUGGGGAUAUUGAAAUUUGAUUUCUUCCAGAAUGUGUCCAAUAUCGAAAUAUUAGAUAUUUCAAACUGUAAAAUUCAUAAAAUCGACAUGGGAAUAUUUCAUGCUUUGACAAAUCUUCAUUCGCUGAACAUAUCUGUUAACGAAUGUCUGACGUUUCGAGUUCUAGCAAACGUUACAAAUGAUUUACAAUAUACGGCAAUUCGUAUAUUAGACAUCAGUCGCUUACACUGUACUUUCGGGCCUAGUACAAUUAUACACAGAGAUGACGUCAUGCAUCUCAAAAACACCAACUUGACGCAUGUAUACAUGGAGAGUAAUCGUUUGGCAACUCUUGAUAUUGGCGUGGUAGGAGUACUCCCAAAAACUCUAGAAUUAAUUUCCGUAAAAGAUAAUAGCAUGACAUUUGGCCUGUAUGAAACUGAGUUUUUGUCAGCUUUGUCAAACAUCAAGGUAUUACACGCUGAGAAUCAAAAGAAUUCUCACAAUUUGGAAUCUGGUAGUAGUGACUGUAACGAUUGGCGUGCCCCAGCCUCGUCACAUAGCACAGUGUCAUUCGACAAAUCUACUGAAUUACUCGAAUGUAACAGGAAUCCAUUGUUAAAAUUGUCCCAUAACAGCAAAAUUAUCACCAAGAUAUUCAUACCGCCUUCACUGACAGAAGUGUACUACAGUAAUAAUGCAUUUAGCUUUGAAGUGGGUUUAUUGGACUUCCGGGAAAAUAACCUCACAAUGGUAGACGUUAGUCAUAAUUUAUUACACUCAUUGAAAGGGCCCAUUUUAUCUGUACCACAUAUUAAACAUAUAGAUUUGUCAUAUAACUAUUGUACAUAUAUUUCUGAUAACUUCUUCAUGUUCCAAACUACCUUAGACACGCUCUUACUUCAACACAAUUUACUAGGGUUUAUACUCUACAAAGAUGUCAAUGGUGAAAUAUUUAAGAGCCUUAAGAGUUUAAAAACUCUUGACCUUUCAGCCAAUCAUAUACACGCAAUACCAGCUCUGCUUCUAAAGAAUCAAUAUGAACUUGAGAUGCUAAACUUAAGCGUCAACGCCCUAACAGAGUUUAGUCUAGAUUUGUCGCAAAUGAAGCAUUUAAAAUAUCUUGAUCUUCGGCAUAAUGAUCUGAGGAUGCUCAAACGGAAUCAACGAGAGCAGAUUGAUAGUAUCCGCGACACGAAUUUGAUUCUUAAUUUGGAAGGCAAUCGCAUGGAUUGUUCAUGUGAGGCACUCGAGUUUCUGAAAUGGCUUGGCCGUAACAAAGAUAUGUUUGAACAUUAUCAUACAUAUAAAUGCGCCUUCUCAAAUGGAACUGAAAUAACGUUUUCAAAUUUAGAUGAAACCUUACUAGAAAUAAGUAAGUCGUGUGACAGUUAUAUCGGUAUCAUAGCAGUGUUUGGGUCAAUGAUCCUGUUGUCGUUGUCCUUGGUCAUUUCCGGUAUCGUCUACCGCUACAGGUGGAAACUACGUUACCUGUAUUACAUGGUGAAGAUACGAUACAGAGGAUAUACACCUGUCGCUAAUGCAGACGACAACGAUGAUUAUAUAUAUGAUGCAUUUGUAUCAUAUUGUUCAGAUGAUUAUCAGUUUGUACGAGAGGAAGUGAUCACUCAUCUAGAGGAAGAACAAGGAUUAAGAUUGUGUCUUCAUCAACGGGACUUUCUACCAGGAAAGGACAUCGCCGAGAACAUUACUGACGCAAUCCAUCAAAGUCGAAAAAGCGUGGUUUUACUGUCUCGGAAUUAUCUUAAUUCCUACUGGUGCAUGUACGAAUUCAAUAUGGCUCGAAUGGAGAGUAUUUAUUCCAGGGGAUGCGAAUCCGUUCUGUUGAUAGUUUUCUAUGAGCACAUUCCGGCACGGGAGUUACCUUUAAGGUUGAUGGACUUGAUAGAAAGCAAAUCUUACAUCGAUUAUCCUCAUAAUGACGAUCAUGGCAAAGUUGUAUUUUGGGACACACUGGCAACAUCCAUCUCUUUGUACUCAACAACUACGGUGUAAAUGAGUUCGAUCAAACGCUUCAUUCAGUCAUCAACGCCAUGCUUUGUGCCUACUUUAAUCCACUAACCAGAAACUUCGGCGUGUAGUCGUUCGAAGGGAAUAUCAGCAAGAGAUAGUAAUGAAUAACUGAUUUGAUAUCAUCGUUCCUUACGUUUACAUUUUUAGUAAUUCUAAUACCUGAAUACAAUUUGG